AUGCUUGUUCCGCUGGGUUUGUUAAUCAACGGCCCCUACGCUCUCAUAACAACCGCUGUUUCCGCCGAUCUGGGCACUCAUCCAACACUGCAGGGCAAUGCCAAGGCCCUGGCCACAGUGACUGCCAUCAUUGAUGGCACAGGCUCUGUAGGUGAGUACCCGCACCUUAUCACCCUAAACUGUCCUUUGAUCCUGGCAUCGAGAAGUAGGAGAUAA